UGUAACUGAACCUCUGAGCUCCCGUUCUUGAACUUCGCUCUUUAGAAAUGACUGGCCAAGCCAAAAGACGUCGCACUGCUCAGCAAAUCCUCCUGCGACGAGCCUUAGGCAAAAGCGUUAGUGGAGGCCUGGAUCAUGGUGCCGUGGUAUCUCCCCCAUUGAGCAAGGAUUCCACACGGGUCAAUGGAAUUCAGGAGAGAUCCUCGUCGAGAGCAGCAAUGAAACUGCACAGGAUUUUGGCAUCCAAUACACUUAAAGUUUUGCGGGAGAGAAAGACGGCAGGAAAUCUGCCAGGAUGUGAGCUUCAAUCGAGGGACUCACUUUCGUGGGGGAAACUGAAGCCAAGUGAGGACAACCGGGCAUUAAGUGGUCACAGUUUGAAAACCAAAGACCAUUCCAGGGGCAGCUCUCGGUCGCGGUAUAGUACCAGCAAUUACCCAUCCACCUGGCAACUUAAUAUCAGUAGAGCUAAAGAGGAACUGAAAAAGCUUUCUACAGGAUCGCUGGACGAGAUUAUCAACUGUUCGAUUCUCAAUCGCACCCCCUAUGAUCAUCAACUUAGUACGCCACUGAAGUCGGAUAAUUCCUGUCAGUGCACUAUCGAAAAGAAGGCUAGGAAGCGGUUCAAGAAAAACAAAGCGGUUUCGGUGGCCGAAACCCAGACAAUCAGCGAAGAUGAGACAAGGAUUAACUCCGAAGAAAAGAAACCUCCAGCUCCAGAGGGAUUUCAGAAAUUGAAGAAGAGGGUCAACAGCGGGGAGGAAUAUAAGCCACAGCGAAGGGUUUCCAAAACUCCAUCAAGAAGUAGCGAAAACUCUAUGGAUUUUUGUAGGUGUAAGGAACACAUUUCAGGACCAACUUACAGUAACUAUGGCGGUUAUAGUCCCUCGGACACGGAAAUUGAAAUGGGGUCUGAGUACGAGGUAAAGAUACCAAGUCGGUAUGAUCAUCUAAACAAAAUAGAGAAGGUAAGCAAGCCACCCACAAAUGCAGAUACCAAGUGGAGAUUCAAAAUGCCCAGCAAUUCGGAAGUCCAAGAAUACAUGGCCAGUAGAACUUAUGAAAACCUACCAGUGCGUCAAAACAAAAAUAUGGAUCAAGACCGGGAAAUUCAAAGAAAGAUAUUCAAUUCUCCAUAUGAAAGGAAAAAAAUUAAAGAAAGGCCAUUGAAGUGCCAGGGCCGUAAGUACUUAGAAGUUCCGUACGAUUCUUUAAUUGAGACCCCAAGAGAAUUUUAUGGAAGAAAUAAAUUAACUACAAACCCAAGCCAAGUUUCUUUAGAAAACUUUGUUAAUCGCAAUAAUAAGGGGGGAUGCGAAGAAAGGAUGUGCCAUGGUAAAUGUGGAAAACAAAAUAUAUAUCAAGACGACGGACGAAAUUCUUCAAAUUUCUAUCAAGCUACCACUAAUGAAUAUCCGUACUGUGAUCAGGAUGACUCAGAUACUCCAAGAAAAAGGCACGAUACACAAUCCAAUUACAAUCAGAUGCAUAGGAGAUCCCGUAGACAAGCUAAAGCCCCAAGACGAUCUGAUGGUAAUGAAGAUUCAUUUGGUGGUUCCUUUGAAAUGGGAAAUGGAUAUAGGUAUCCUACCACGCCCAAAUGCAUUGUGGCAGUAACUCAGACAUCUACUGUGUUUCUGGAAGGACCUCACGGAAAUGAUGCCAACUAUCAGAAAAUGUCACAUAAUGCUGCACAGCCCAGGCAACAAGUUCAAGAAUUUAAUCCAGAGCAACCAAGAUCACAAAGAUCCAAGACAGGAACAGCAACAUCCAAUUCCCGUUUGAUUGAAUCACACGAAGGUCAAAGCCAGGUAGCACAAUCAAAAUCAGCAGAACCUAAAAAUCAAGAAAGGCAACGUAAUCAGGAAAGUUUUGAACACAGAAAUUCGGAUAAAACUGAUUUUCAGUCCCAACCCAUAAAUCAAGAUGAAAUUAAGGCACAAACAGCAAAAGCUAAGGGCUUAAGAGCUGUGCAAUCCAAUUCCCUUGUAAUUGAAUCCCAUGAAGACCAAGAACAUCUAGUAGAAUCUAGCUCAGAAACUGUAUUGCCCAAAGUGACUGCUCCCAAGAAUAAGAAACCAAUAAGUACGAAAAAACGAAAAGGGAGUAGAGGUUGCAGUUGCUGCAGUAGAAGUAGUUCUAGAAAAAGAUCUGUGAAGAAACCUACAACAAAAAGCCAAGUGUGUGAAAAUUGCCAAUGCAAAAGAUCUGAUGCAAAGAAUCAAGAUGGAAUAAGCAAGUCAGUGAGUAAAGACAAAAUCCUAAAACGAGACUCGUCCCAAACUGACAAUUGUGACGUGAGGGAAAUUUUAAAUAUUCUUCAAAAAACUGUGGCCGGUCUGCAAAAGCAAAUAAAUUCAAGAAAAGGAUUCGGAAAGUAUGAAAAUUCAAAGACAGCAAAUGAAGAUGGGGCAAAACCUUAUUCUCGCCAGCGAAAACCAUUCCGUAUGGAAAGAGAAGCAUAUGGUCAGCCUGUUGGUCCUUUUCAAAAUCAAUACUCCUUCAACGAGGAUACCUCUCAACAAAUUCACUAUCAUAAAAGGCCAACGAAUUUAGGUCAUAAGUUUGCUUACAAUGAAAGAGGUGCUUCAAACGGAAACCCAUCGUGCAUGUGUCCAUCUAAUUCGUAUACAUAUUUCAAAGGCCAAGAGCGUUUCAAAAAUAAUGCAACUUAUCAAGGCAACACAAUUAAUGGAAGGACACUUCAGGACUCCUUUAAUAAUGGUUCCUUAGGAAAUGAACCAUAUACGAAUAUAAGAACAUCUAGACAAACAGAAUAUGAUUACCCAGAGGAAAUAUGCGAACGAAAAAGUCAACCAUAUCGAACCCAAAAACCCUUCAACGAACCCACCAAAUUUGUAACUGGUAGCCAAGGACAAAACCAUUACCCAACGACGGACUAUAAAAACCAGAGUUUUAAUAGAUUCUGCUUAAAUUCCCAGUGCAGUAGAAAUAAUCCCCAGAUGCAGGACCAUCUACAGAAUGUUUCGACAGGCCAACCAAAAAUGGAAUCACCAUAUAGCCCGGUUUCCAAAACUACCUCAAAUUCAGAAAGACAAGCUCCUAAUGUAACAAGCAAAAGUCCAUGUUGUCCUUGUCAAAUUAUAAAUGAUCCAGACCAAGAACAAAGAAAUGGAGGAAUGUCCUUACAGGACCGCCCAGAUAUACGUCCACAAACUUAUACUCCUAAUGAAGGAAGUGGUGUCCAAGAGCCUUUACAAAUAUGUAACAAUGCAACGUGUCCAUAUGCCUUAGAUUACUUCAAAUCAUGGAACAGUCAAAAUGACCCCAAUUCCAAUAGAGCUGGUCAAACGGAAAUCCUGUCGAGGUGCAAUCCUGAAUGUCUUGGGAAUGCACUUAAUUCAGAAAUUCAGAUUCAGAGCAAACGACCCGAGCAUCCACCAGUUGAAAAUAAUCAAGGAAUAGUAACCUUCCAAGUCAGCGAUCAAUACUGUACAGGUGAAACAACACCAAAUAGAGUCAGAAACUAUGAAGAUCCUACACAAGCAUGCAAUAAUCCUUUUUGUGAAUCAGCCGGCCAAUUCUCCAGGUCACGGGAAAAUCCAAAUUACCCCAAAGCACAUAGUACUAUACAUAACUCAAAAGAAAAUUACCAAACAAAGUGCGACCCGGAUUGUGUUUUAAAUGAAACUUUUCAAAUGAGUGGCAACGCUUAUAAUUACGCAUGUCCUGAUACGCAAAAGGGAAGUGAAAAUGGCACUGCACUUAAGUCAGAAAUUAGCAAGCGACCUGAGCAUCCACCAGUUGAAAACAAUCAAGGAAUAGUAACCUUCCAAGUCAGCGAUCAAUACUGUACAGGUGAAACAACAGCCAAUAGAGUCAGAAACUAUGAAGAUCCUGCACAAGCAUGCGAUAAUCCCUUUUGUGAAUCAGCCGGCCAAUUCUCCAGGUCGUGGGAAAAUCAAAAUUAUUCCAAAGCACAUAGUGCUCAACAUAACUCAAAAGAAAAUUACCAAACAGAGUGCGACCCGGAUUGUGUUUUAAAUGAAACUUUUCAAAUGAGUGGCAACGCUUAUAAUUACGAAGAGUUUUGUGGAAAUCCAUAUUGUCCCGAAAAGAACACAAUUAUAAACGAUACAGCUAGAUCUAAACAAGGAAAGGGCUGUCAGAAUUUUUUAGAUCCUUCGUUGGACUACGCAAACAAUCCUGAAAUGAAUUUUUACAGAAAUUCUCAUAACCAUCAGACCGAUGAAGCAUUAUAUCAACAAGAACUAUGCGAAUGGCCCGACAGAAAAAUACUUUCGAAAAACCCACACGUAGGCGUGUCUGUAGAUCACUCUGGAAAUAGAGUUUGCUCAAAUCUUCCUAGGAGUCAAAUGACUAAAAAUUAUUUCCAAACUGCACAGUGCUCACCGAAUUGCCCUACAAGGCCAAACUUUUCCAAUCAAGGUGAAAGUAAACAAGGAGGUCCACGAGUGACAGUUUUGAAUAGACACAAAAGGGAGGAACAAGUAGUUAAAUCUAUAAAUAAUCGUGAACCAUUUCAAGCUACAAAUGAUUCAGAAUUUUACUCGAAUUCAAAGGGUUUGGAUAGAUCAGAUAGAUAUUCCAAGAAGAUGGACAUCAAAGAGGAUAUUUGCAGCAAUUCACAAUGCCCAAAUAAAAUGGUGCGAAGACAUGGAAGCAGAAACGACGACGUAAUACAUCAAACAUAUAGAGAACCGAAAAAUUAUGAAAAAUCUUCAAAGAUUUCUUCGCCUAGAAGAGCACAACUACAAAACUGCCCACAAAACGAAGUCGAGAAAAAGUCCUGCCUUGAAGAUUGUCCUUAUCAAAAAUAUUCUUCCAAUCAAAAAAAUCGAAGGAACACUGGGGCUGGGACUACAACCUGCGCCAAUCCAAACUGCCCAGAUAAUUUAAAAUCUAAAGUAACUUCGCAAAAAGAUAAGCAUUCUCUACAAAAUAGAACUAUGUACUGGACGGACAAUGUUGAAAAAAGCACAAAAGGGCAUAUUUGUAGGAAUUCAGAAUGUACCGCUAAAGCAGGUAUAAAUAAGGAUCGAAAUAAAUAUCCAAAAAACGAUAAAAAAUGCUCUUCGGAAAAGAAGUGUGGAAAUGAAUUUUGUAAAAGUACAAAACCAAUGAAUAGGGCAGGGAAUGAAUAUGGAUAUGGGGAUGGUAAGUCGGGUAAAAUCGGUUCUGCAAGACAAUCAUCGCAAAACGAAAAAAACCCAAAAGUCUAUGGAAAAAAUCCAGUUCCAGAAUAUGAAUUCGAAGAGAAUGGUUAUAAUCGGCAGCGAUACCAAAAUAUUCCCCAAAAUCAAACUUAUCAAGUCUGUGAGAACCCAAAAUGUCCCGAUAGAUUUCGAGAACCUGUUCUCAAAAAUGAGGAGAAGAAAUAUACGAAAGAUUUGUCCUGUAACGCACAAUGUUCUGAUAAAGGUGGUACUUAUAGGGUUCCAAAUGAAUAUAAAAGUACUUCUGAAAGGCAAACAGUAUAUAGCGAACAAAAAGCAACAGGUCAAGGAAAUUUUCAAUGGGAACAAAGAAAUAGUAAGUUACAGAGCAAAAAAGAUACAGAUUUAAACACCAAAAGCUGUAAUCAGCGACUAAAAACAAAUGAUAUUGAUAUCUGUAAUAAUCCAAAGUGCCCAGAUAGACUAAAAGAACCGGACAGUAAGUACCAUUGUCCCAAACAACAGGUUGUCUAUAGGACAAAUGAAAGGAUGGCAAUGGCUCCUGAAAAGGAUCAGUGCGAUAUAAGUUACGAUUCAGAUUCUUGUUUUGAAGAUUGUCCUUACCGCCAUCGAGUUCUCUUCACCGAUCUUCGUAAAUGCGAGAAAAUUCCCAAAAAUAGAAGUCGCCAAAGAAGUGGAAAAUCAGAUAAUUACUAUAUUGAUCAAAUUGAAACUAGAAUCUGCACUUCAUGCGAGAAUUAUGUCCCUCUUAAAAGGGAUCCUCAGGCCAUUCAUAGGCACUGUAAUUUACGUAAUGUGGAAGCAAGUGAUAUGCACGAAUCCAAGGAAAACUUAAUACUAAGAACCAUCUGCAUGCCCCCUAAUAUACCAGCACCAGUUUAUGCCAAACACAGAGAUAACCCUUUAGUAACAGAUCCCAUUUUAACCAGCUACGAUAAGCAUAUUUUGAAAAAUUUCGAAAAAUUCAAGGAAGAAGACAAAAACAAAUCUCAGAAAUGUGCUCAAGAGUGCCCAUUCGUUGCUCAAACUGAAGACAAACCCCUUUUAUUGAAAUAUUCCUCUGCUUGUACAUCAGAAAUAGAAUCCCAAAAUCAUGAUCCUCCAUGCGAUUGCAAAAGUGAAGAAUUGAUAGAAGAAAGAGAUACGGAAAGAAAGAAAUCUAAAUCUUCAAUAUUUAGUUGUUGUUUAAGGCCUCCGAAAAAUGAUAAUGAAUCAAGGUCUAAUCAGGAAACAAAAAUGAAAAUAAACGAAAAAACUCAUUCGAAAUCAAGUGGAUUUACCUGUUUUAGAAAAAAGAAUAAGAUUUCUCGCGAACCUAAAGAAAAUACUCCUUCAAAACCUAGUUGUCCCCCAGAAAAAAAGAAAGAGGUAAGCGCUUCAAAAUCAAGAGGACUCGCAUAUAUUCAACGAACGGAAAAUUCCCAGGAAAAUUCCAAAGAAAGGGAAAGAAAAUCCCCUCGAUCAACAAAAUCUGGAGGGUUCCUCUGUUUCAAAACAAAGAACAAACGGCCGCAAAAUGAAAACUUAAAAGAAGAAUCGCAAAGGGAUAUUGAUAAAGAUCCAGCCAAUGCUAGAAUUGAAAAAAGUGUUAAAGAAGAUAGCAGUAAAAAACCCUCGAAGCGUAGCGGAUUUUUCAAUUUGAAUAGAAAAUCCCAAAAACCAAAGGCAAAAGAAACCGCGGAUGCAGACUGUACUUGUAGUACCCAUCCUUACCAUGAUAAAGACGUUCCCAUUCUGAAAUCUGAAGAUCCUAUCCGCUGUCUACGUGCCCCCAAAGAAAUCAACGAUGGCGAGGUUAGAGUUCUAUAUGACUCCAGUUUCCGGUUCCAGAAAGAAAGUUGCAGCUUGGCAGAUGUCCCGAAAAAUACAUAUUACCAUAACGAUUCUCAAAAUUCAGGACAGGACAUGACGGAGAUCCAGGAGCAGGAGGUCAGUUACUGUCCAUGUAGCAGUGCUAAUGGGUUCUAUAAAAUUGUGCGGUAGUUAUGAUUGAGAGUUUCAUCGAAUAUAUGUAUAUAUUUUUUCGAAGAAAUUCCCAAUCAUAAGUACUUAAAGUGGGCUACUGGAGACCAGAACAAAAUUUAUAAUAAUAUUUAAAUAAAAAGUUGAAUGAAAAUAAUAAGAACUACACAGAAUUUCAAAAAACACGUUAGUUAGUUUUCCAUUUAGUUUUUUAAUAAAUUUACAUAUAAGACAAAUUAUCAGUUCAUUAGUUUUUAACCGUAAAAACCGCCGAAA